UUGUUUCGUUUACUCCAUCCGAGCUACAAGUGCCAUUUUGAUCCAUGCCUUAAAAGAGUGCCGUUUUGGCUUGCUACAGCAUGUUAUUUCAUACAUUAGGAAAGCUUCUCGAAGUGCGCCUUCAAACAGGAAUUAUCCUAGCCGUUAUCUUUGCAUAUUGCUUCAAAAAACUUUUUGGCAAAAAUGAAACGGACAAAUGGAAGUCUCCGUUCGCAGAAGACUCAAGAACUCCUCUAACGCCGUUGGUAACUGACCAUGCCAAACGCGAUGAAACCAUGAAGAGAGCUUUCACCAAGAAACUGGCCAACGAAAAGAAAUGGGACGCUAUUGUCAUUGGUUCUGGAAUCGGAGGACUGUCCACCGCUGCGCUACUCAGCAAAGCUGGCCUGAAAGUUCUCGUUCUUGAAAAGCAUUACAAGUGUGGUGGAGCAUGCCAUACCUUUAGGGAAUAUGGCUACGAAUUCGAUGUCGGAAUACACUACGUCGGCAAUUUCAUCCGCCCAACACUCACUCGAACUUUGCUGGAACAAAUCAGUGAUGGGCAGAUCAAGUUUGCUAAAUUUGAUACCAAUGUGGAGCGUUUAAUAAUGGACGCCAUGUCCCCGUCCCAGCGCGAAUACACCAUUACUUCAGGUCCUGAUGCCUUUGAAAACCAGCUGAUUAAGCAAUUUCCUGAAGAAGCCCAAGGAAUCAAAGAAUACUUCCGUUUGCUUAAACGGGCGUACAGCCCUCAAGGAUCUAUGUCUUUUUUCUCGUUCAAAUUAUUACCCCUCUGGUUCAUUAACGUACUCCGGUUCUUUGGUCUGCCACGUUUGCUGAGCGACUUCUUUGCCUUGAGCAAAUGUUCAGUAAAAGAGACCGUCGAGAGCCACGUAAAGAACAAAGACUUGCGGUAUCUGUUAUCCUAUUCAUCAAACGGAUUUCUCGUACCUCCCAGUCGCAUUAGCCUCCCCAUGAUGGCUUUACUUCACAUCCAUUGCUGCGAAUACGGAUCGUGUUACCCAAUCGGUGGAGCUUCCGAAAUGCCAUAUCGAAUUGUGCCGGUCAUUGAGCGAUCAGGUGGUCGAGUUCUAAUGAAGGCUAACGUUUCCCAGAUUCUGACAGAAGGAGGCAAAGUAGUAGGUGUACGAGUCGGCAACAAAGAAAACUCAAUGGUUGAUAUCCAUGCCCCCAUUGUCAUUUCGGAUGCAGGUAUGCACAACACUUUGCUGGAUCUUCUACCGGAAAGGGUCGCCGAAAAGUCACCUGCCUGGCCAUUAAUGAAGACUAUCAGGCCAUCGUGUGGGAACCUCAGCGUCUUCCUUGGACUUCGGGGCACACCCGAAGAGUUAGGUCUCACUGCGCAGAAUAUUUGGGCGCAUGCCGGUUCCGAUCUGGAAGAAAUGGUGAACCAAAUUUUUGAAUCAACUCUUCCAGACGCGCUGGAAAAACCUUAUCCAGCUCUUUUCCUUUCAUCUUCGGCUGCCAAAGAUCCGUCUUGGAAAGAUCGCUAUCCAGAUCGUAGUACGUUAUCGGUUUUAACUUGUGCCCCAUAUUCUUGGUUUUCUCAAUGGUCCGGGCUACCGACAAAAAAACGAGGCGAUGAUUACAAUACUACGAAAAAUACUAUCGGACAACAUAUCGUCGAUGAAGUGACUACUCUCUUUCCCAAGUUGAAGAAUGCCAUAGACUACGUUAGUGUUGGUAGCGCAGUUACCAUUGAGCACUUUUUAGUUACUAAACAAGGGGGCACGUACAACAUGGAACACGACAUUACUCGUUUUGGGGAGGAACAAACUGCACUAUUGCGACCCGAGUCCGGUAUUGAAGGAUUAUACUUCACCGGCCAGGAUGUCACGUCGUGUGGAUUUGCAUCUUGCUUGUACAGCGGCUUCCUUUGUGCCAGCGUAGUUUUAAAGAAAAGAUACCUUCUUUUAUGGGAGCUCUUUAAUCUACAUAGGAAACUAUAUGGCAUGCCUAAAGACAGAAACGAUUUGUGUUUCUAAUUGCACAGCUUUUGCAUUUACAUAAAGAUAAUAUGUAGAGUACCUGGGACAGAAUCAAGAGUAUGUAUGCGUCAGCGGUCGAAUUGCGUGGACUGCACAUCACAGGACAGAAUGACCAAUAAUCCAAUAAAUGAAUUUUGAGAAAGA